CCCCGCUUUACCCGGGAGAAGUAACAUUGGGCAUGGAAACCGCUGGGCUCGGAGGCUGCCGGGCGGGCGGUAGGACCCCGCGGGCGCCCCUGGGAAGAGACCGGAGAGUGUUGUGCGAGUGAGUCAAAGAAGGGAAAGGAAGGGAAGCCGCCGGAGGAGCAGCCGGGGAGCCAGAGCAGCGGCAGCGCAGGUAGCUCCGGUGCUCGGCCGGCCAACCACCCACCCUCGCUCGCUGCUCUCUGCCCGGGAAGCGCGGCCGGAGCAGCCGCUACGAGCGCGCUGCCUGGCUGCCUCCCGCCGCCGCCGCCUCUCCAUUCAUCGCCGCCGAGACAGGCGGGAGCUCAAUGGGCUGAUUCCCUGCGAGACCAGCAGGAGGAGGAGGCGGAGGAGCAGGACGAGGCAUCCGCAAGUAGAGCCCGCCGCCGCCGCUUAGGCCUCGGCUCCGGCCAGCCGCCGCUCCCCUCCCGAGCCUCCCUCCGGCUCCAGGCAUGAAUAGCUGAGAAAGGAAGGGAGGAAGAAGGGGAGAAAGUCGACUUUCCGUGCAGUGGGGGGUGAACGUUUGGCAUCGGUCAGCUGGCUCAAGGGACGCCCUGCCAUCAUGAACGAAGUAGCCAUUGUGAAGGAAGGUUGGCUGCACAAACGAGGAGAGUACAUUAAAACAUGGAGGCCGAGGUAUUUUCUGUUGAAGAACGAUGGAACGUUCAUUGGCUACAAAGAGCGACCACAAGAUGUGGACCAGCGGGAAUCGCCCUUAAAUAAUUUUUCUGUGGCUCAGUGCCAGUUGAUGAAGACAGAGAGACCUAAACCAAACACAUUCAUCAUCAGAUGCCUCCAGUGGACCACAGUAAUUGAAAGAACGUUUCAUGUGGAGACUCCAGAGGAGCGGGAAGAAUGGACAAAAGCCAUCCAAACCGUAGCGGACAGCCUUAAGAAACAAGAGGAAGAAAUAAUGGAUUUCAGAUCUGGCUCCCCCAGUGAUAAUUCAGGUGCUGAAGAAAUGGAAAUUUCUAUGACAAAACCAAAACACAAAGUGACUAUGAAUGAAUUUGAAUAUCUUAAACUACUGGGAAAAGGAACUUUUGGAAAGGUCAUUCUGGUGAAAGAAAAAGCUACUGGGCGGUAUUAUGCUAUGAAAAUUCUGAAAAAGGAAGUAAUCGUUGCAAAGGAUGAAGUGGCGCAUACUUUGACAGAGAACCGUGUUUUGCAGAACUCUAGGCAUCCUUUCUUAACAGCUUUAAAGUACUCCUUUCAGACGCAUGACCGCUUGUGCUUCGUCAUGGAGUACGCCAAUGGAGGGGAGCUGUUCUUUCAUCUAUCAAGAGAGCGUGUAUUUUCUGAAGACCGUGCCCGGUUCUAUGGAGCUGAGAUUGUAUCUGCGCUGGACUAUCUGCAUUCAGAGAAAAAUGUGGUUUAUAGAGAUUUAAAGUUGGAAAACCUGAUGCUGGAUAAAGAUGGGCACAUAAAAAUAACGGACUUUGGGUUAUGUAAAGAAGGGAUCAAGGAUGGAGCCACAAUGAAGACAUUUUGCGGCACCCCAGAAUAUCUUGCGCCAGAGGUGUUGGAAGAUAACGACUAUGGCCGUGCAGUGGACUGGUGGGGCUUAGGAGUCGUCAUGUAUGAAAUGAUGUGUGGGCGGCUCCCUUUCUACAACCAGGACCACGAGAAGCUCUUCGAGCUCAUCCUCAUGGAAGAGAUUAGGUUUCCGCGCACCUUGUCACCAGAAGCGAAAUCUCUUCUCUCCGGCUUGCUGAAGAAGGAUCCGAAGCAAAGGUUAGGUGGCGGACCGGAUGAUGCCAAGGAGAUUAUGCAACACAAAUUUUUUGCUGGCAUCGUAUGGCAAGAUGUGUAUGAGAAAAAGCUGGUACCUCCAUUUAAACCACAGGUGACGUCUGAAACAGACACGCGCUAUUUUGAUGAAGAAUUCACCGCACAGAUGAUUACAAUCACGCCCCCUGACCAAGAUGACAGUAUGGAUUGUGUUGAUAAUGAGCGACGACCCCACUUCCCUCAGUUUUCUUAUUCCGCCAGUGGAACGGCUUAAUGUUUCGCUUGUCCAUUCACAGCAACCAAUCAGACUGCAUUUCGGGGACCUUUAUUUCGACGGACACUAGAGAACUCUCUACGAUACAUGAAUUACAAACUAUGUUUGUACUAUGGUUUAGUUGAAUUUGUAGGCAGGUUGUGUAUUUAAAACAAUCCUGACCCAUUUUUGAGACGGAAUCUCUGAUGCAUUUUUGAGAAGGAAUUCAAGAAUCCACUCUUAAAUCGUUAUUAAAAUGUUGUUAAAAACAAACAUGAAAGCUUUUUCUUCUGAAAAAUGUUUUAGGUUUUUAAGAAUAUGCACCAAAACUGUUUACUUUCUAGAGGUUUAAGAUAUUCAAAAUAGUGGCAGCAUUGAUCACUUUUUAAAAAUCUUUUUUUAUUUAUUUCAUACACUUCAUUAUGUAAGUAAAGAACCUGCACUCUGAACAAUUAGAUUUAUCUAGAAUAAGAGCGAGUGAGAGACACCUAGGUAGUGCAAUAAUACAAGCAACAACAAUGAACAAACUCUGGAGAGGCAAAGGUUCAACCUCUGAUUGGACAGCAAUAUGUUGGCAGCUCUAGGAAACCAAUUAUAGGAAUGGCAUUAAUGGCCUCAAUGAGGUAAAUUUAUGUUUUUAAAAAGUGUUACAACACCUACAACAAGACAUUACAUAUCAUAUCAUAUGGAUCUGAACAGGAUCUGUCCUUCCUACAGGAAAAUAUUUCACUAAGAAUAGUGGCUGAUGUGCUGCACAAAGGUACGUCAGCCCAGAAAUGCUGCCUGUGCCCAAGUUGCGCAAAUGCAAAAUGUUUGUAAAUGUUACACAAGAGUAAUGCCAUGAUUUCCAGUGGGCUUACUCUUGCAUAGCAUCAAUUGUGCAGUUUUUGCAUUUGUGCCAUUUGUGCAGCUUGCAUGCACACAAUGUUACUGGUUUAGCAUACCCUUGUGCAAUAUGUCAACCAACAGCUGAUGUAAAGUGCAUGUUACAGAGCUGAUGCGAGCCCUUCAGAACACAUUCCUAGCCAGUGUUUGCUGGCUGGGUGCAUUUAUUCCCCUUCCUCUCCCUCGCUGGAGGAAGCGAAAGGGAAAUACAUGCACCCAAGGAAUGAGCUCUGGAAGGCUCACACGGGCCCUUUUGGCAGUCGGGCCACAACCACGUGCAUAUUGCAUCACGAGCAAAAGGGGUGUGGCCCUGGUCUCCGGAGGGCCCAUUCGAGCCCUCCAGAGCUCAUUCCCAACCAGCGCUGGAGGGAGAGAAAGGGAAAUAAACGCUGGCUGGGAAUGAGCUCUCGAGGGCUCACACUGCCCUUCCGAGGCUUGCGGCCGGGUUCUUUGAACCCAACCACUCGUUGAUGGCUCCGCCCCUGAGCGCUAUCAGACUUGCUCCCAUUCACAACUGGGGGGAACUGGUAGCACUGCUUACACAACCACCCAUUUUCUAUAGUAUCGGGGCUGUCUUAGGAGUUUGCAGCAGCCCCAACACGGUGUGUCCCAACCACAUUUAAUUUAUGCCAUUUGACUAGGAUUCACUCUGCUAAUUGUGGCAGUCCUGCCCCCUGGCAAUUUUGUCUCUCAUGUGCCUGAUUGAAACCAAGGGAAGCUGUGUAAGAAGGCUGCUUUGCUCCCACUCCGCUCCUGCGACUGCAUUCAGCGGGGCUUGUCCUGGAGGGGUUUCCCAGAGGUAAAUUCCCUCAGGGAAUGAGCUGAUUUUACCAACUUCAUCUGCAAAUAGUCAGCGCUGUAAAAUUGGCCAGUGAGGGGUCCUAUUUCUGUAGUCUCUUUUUGUUUUUUUAAUCCUAAACGCACAACACUUUAAAAAGAGAAUUGUCUUACCAAAUGAAUUGUUCACGCAAAAUUUCAGCACUGAAGCCAUUGGCCUUGUUCACAUAUUUAGAGAUAGUUUUCAAAUGGCAACAUGCUAUGAACGUUGAGACUGCAUUCCCGCGUUUUCUUCUCCAAUGUACAUUUUUAGGGUUAUUGGGGGAUGCUCAUUGCUGGCACCUAUGUUUUGGAGGAAGCUCCUUCGUCAGCAGUUGCUGCCUCGUGUAAAAAAAGAAGACUUGGGUGAAACUUCGUGGUUGUUUUUUUUAAAGACGUUCAUAAAGUGGUUUUUUCUCCCCUCCUGUGUCCCCCCCCCCAAUCAUUUUGUAUUUUCAUAGAAGCCACCUCAUUCCAGAUCUGCCAAAAAGGCGACAAAACCAUCUUUUCUGCCUUUGAUGCAAGUCAGAACUUUCAAGCUCUUGCUUGUGCUGCGAACGAGUUUAUUCAGUUGUGGCUUUAUGUUCUUUUAGAUAUGCUUUUGUUUCUGUUCUGUUAUCUGUAUAAAAUUGAUUAAAUAUAUUGCAGUUUCUUAGCAAUUUUUUUUUUAUUUGAAAGGGAGCUUAUUUAAAAGAGCCUCAACUUUCCUGCUACAUGAAAUCCCAUUAUGUUUGAUCUUUUUUUUCUCCCAACAAUCAAUUUUAGUAUUUUUACUUAUAUGAAAGUUUUCCCCAAAAUACUUCAAUAAAAUGUGCUUUAACAAGUUA